AUGGGCAUUCGGCCAUGUCACACUAUCUACAUCGACAAUCUGAACGAGAAGAUUAAGAAAGAUGAUUUGAAGAAGUCAUUAUGUGCAAUUUUCUCGCAGUUUGGGCAGAUUCUUGACACCGUUGCAUUGAAAACAUUGAAAAUGCGUGGACAAGCAUUUGUGACAUUUAAAGAUAUUAGUUCCGCUACGAAUGCUCUUCGUUCUACGCAAGGUUUUCCAUUUUACGAUAAGCCGAUGCGAAUGCAGUAUUCAAAAACUGACUCAGAUAUCAUUGCUAAGAUGAAAGGUACGUUUGCAGAGAGGCCUAGAAAGGCUAACCGUGUUCCGGCAGCUGAGGAAACUCCAGACUCCAAGAAAGCUAAGCGCAAAGCAGCAAAUGAAAAUGCUCGCUUGAUGGGAGCGGGACCAGGAGCAGCGACAACGGUCCUCGGGGCAGCUGAACAACCUCCAAACCAAAUCCUGUUCUUCACCAACCUGCCUGAUGAGACAAGUGAAAUGAUGUUAUCGAUGUUGUUCAAUCAGUUCGGAGGAUUCAAGGAAGUGAGACUGGUACCCAAUCGUCAUGAUAUUGCUUUUGUAGAAUUUGAAAAUGAAUUGCAGAGUGCAGCAGCAAAGGACGCGCUACAGGGUUUCAAAAUUACUGUCACAUGA